GAAAGAAAAAUCGGCUUGUCUGACAUUUGGAAUUUGUUUCCGUUUCGUUCGUUCUGAUCUUUGUCGUGCGAGAAGUCGUGCAUUAUGAAUCGAGAUUGGUAUCUCCGUUACCGUUUUACCGAAAUCAAAAUCUCCCACCAGGAUUCUUAGUUCAUUGACAUUCAUUACUACUCCAGCCUUAUUCGUGUCAUCCCUCCCCCAAGCUACCAGCCAUGCAUCCAUGCUGUAAGUCGUGUUCCCAAUGUAGUUUUUGAAGUUUCUGAGUUUCCAGCCACGACAUAUCAGCGCCCUACCCUUCCCCUAAAAACUCUGUCACUUGAUUCCGGGUUUCACCUUCUCGUUGCUCCCCCCGAUGGGAAAAUCCGAGGUGGCGAGGGCCUCGGUCGCUUGUGCCGUUGGUGCAUUUAGAAUCGCGUUGUGGACCUAGUGCCAUCAAGCCAGGCCUUUGCUUGCUGGAAGAUCGCUGGAUCGAGUACGACGUGAGGAAGCUUCGUAUAUCAGUCAAUCCAGCGAAGAACAAGGUCAUCCUCGAUAAUGGAUGGAAGACCUCCCUCCAAGAGAUCCAGUGGACUGGUAGUGCACCGCGAAGGCAAGCAGUUUCAUUCCGUAAAGGAGUUGUGCGAAGACUGGGCGGGAUUAUGCGAGCAGAUCGCCAAUCACCCACUGGCGGUCGUUCGCGUUUACGAACUUGUGGACGCUGACGCGGGGAUUCUGUUGGCCGAAUGCGGCGCAGGUGCACUAGGUUCUCUUGCACCGCUGCCAGAAGCGGCACGAGGAGAGGAUCCUGCGCUUGAGUCGCUCCGAAACUCCCAGAUCGAGGACGUGAUCGCCCAGAGAUUGGAAAAGCGCAGCAGCCGAAACGCCAACGCAGAGGAUGAGGAGCAUUUGCAUCCCCACCCUUUGGGGGGGCAUACGAAGAAAGUAACGCGGCGGCAUUCGGUGGGGUCCUCCAGUCACAUCGUCGCUGCAGCUGGUGGAGUUGCUCAGAGCAGCGCUUCGCGCAUCAAUGCUCAGGGUAACCAGCAGAACUACGCGAAAGCCAUAUCGGCUGAGAUUGCUUCCGAAGACGAGCGCUUGGAGCGGCACCGCCAGCAAGUGCUGGGAUUUGGUGGAACAAAUGAGCCGAGGUUUUCCAAAAACGCGGAAAACAAGCGGCGAAUGCUCUUCCAGCCCAGUUCGAGAAGUAGCAAAAAUUCAGCCACCUCCGCUGUAGACCACGUAAUCCAGUUGGACGCACGCGCGGCGCAUGCCUGGCACACGGCGAAAAUUUUGCACGAGGCGGACCCAAUCUGUCGUUACGCCCGGGCGCUGAACCGGGAGGAACGCCGAAGGUUUUACUCACGAGCGGGUGAAUCAGCUGGAAAUGUGCAGAAUGUGCUUGCGGACGCGGUGCAGCAUUAUCUUCCGAACAAGGCGUUGCGAUUCGAUCCGUUGACCAUUCGGGCCCACUCGGCGCGGCUCCACGAGGCUGCUGACGCGCCAGCGCUAAGGGAGCAGCACGACGACUUCCAUUACUACGCCGAUGAAGAGGUCGCUGCUACAGAUAAUACGAAUAGAGCGGACGUGAAGAGAAGCUCCGAAGCCAUGCUGUCGCACGCCAAGGACAAGGACCGGCUGGCCGGCAUUGAUAUGCUGCAUACGGCAGUGUAUCGGGCGUCCGUGGUGGCCGCCGCGCGUCUUCGAUCGGAAUCCCACGAUGGAACGCGCUCGUCUGCGGGUACCACUGAACUAGAGCGCCAGGAAAGCUCCGCCGAGCCGACCGCCCGUGAUACGACGAGUCAACGCUCGCCCCGAGGGCAGAGAGGUCUGCAGAAGGCCUGGGACCAGGUGCAGAAGCGGAGAUUGCUGGUCCGCACCACGCUUCGCAUGGUGGGCAGCAGAGACACCUUCGACUUUCGGGACUACUUUAGCGGACAGUCCGUGACCACCCGUAAGUCCGGGGUUUUGGCCGCACCGAAGGCAGCGGAACCGCGACGGAUAUCCCAAAGCGAUCGCAUGCUCUGCACGGCGGCGAACGAUCCGUGGUUUCAGUUUGGCCUGCAAGCGCUGGCCGCUAACGAGCCCGUAUUGGAGUCCACACGGAUGGCCUUUCCCUUGAAGACGCCACCCGCACGCAAGGCGUUCACCAGUUUGGCCGCCAUGGGCAUGGUAGUGAUAUCUACAACUGACGGCUUGUCGCUCGAGGCGUACGCAAGAAAAUUCCUCGGUGACGCAGCUACAUCAGUAGAUCCAAGAACUUCGGCGUUGUCGUCUCGCGAGCGAAUGAAGGAACUGGAGAUUGACGUCGACCGUUGCGUGGAUUCCUUGUGGGCCAUGACCAAAAGUCUGUCGCAGGAGUGGGAUGCCUGGAACGCGCGGAGAGCCAAACGCGUGUUGGAGGGCGUGACCUUUGCCAUGAUCCACGCGCUAGAGGAAGUGACCACGCACGAGGGUAGAGCAUAUCACGAUGACAUUCUACCGGUCAUCUGUUCGGUGGCGAAGGAGCUUGUGGGCUGUGAGCGCGUCGCCUUUUGGGCUCACGAUCCGCAAACGCACCAGCUGUACCUGAAAGAGCAGACGGGCGGGGCGCUCAUGCGCGGGACACGGAUCAGCGAGAACGCGGGGAUGCUUGGCGAAUGCAUGCGGGCGCACGCGCCCAUCACUCUGGCGCAGAACGCAAAUGCACACCCGGGUUACAACCCGUACACAGAUGCAGGCGGGGAGCUCGUGAAAAUCGGUGGCACAGUGUUUCAUCGUGGAAAUACAGUCGAAAAUAUGAUCACGGUGCCCAUUUUCGAAUACGAUUUAUUGUCCUCGGGAGAUGCGUACAUGAUUGGCCAAAUCGACCAGGGACAGGACGCGGUGCUUCGGGGCGCGCUGAACCAAGCGAAUGCAACCCAGCCAGGCCGCAGAAAGACCGGCGGUCGGAGAACCACUGCGACGUCUUUGGCGGGUCGUCUUGACUCGAAAGAAGUGGGAGGUGGCGAGGACGCAUCUUCCAGCGCGUUCGUGCACUCUGCCUUUCGACCGACGUCCGUAAACGUGGCCCGCCGGCGUCGCACCGAAAAAGUAAAGGGCGAAGACUUCACCAGUUUCCGAAAACGAGUCACAACAGAAGCACUUGAGGACGUGCUAGCGGUGCAGAGACGACCAACCGUCUUGAUCGUUGACUGGUUCAAGGUAUCAAAUGCAAAAAUGUCUGGGUCUGGAAACUUGUGAUGCUAAAAGUGAAUGGUAGACGGACUGCAAUACGCAGCUAUGCAUGAUAAGUUUUUUGGCUCCCAUGUCUUACGUAUUCCGCAUGGCAAACUGCGUUUUUGCAUGACAGUUCAGAGGGCCUUUUCGUGCCUAUGCAACACAGAUUCUCAAGUCAUGCCAGACAAGCAUGACAAACUUGCAUUCUUCCAGACCCAGACAUUUUUACAAUUGAUACAAGGGCGACGAAUCCCGGGGCGGCGGCACCACCACAGCGGCGUUGACCGAUGCCAACGUCCAGGGUUGCCGACAACAAAUCCAGCUCUCGGACCAGACGGUAUUGUUAUUUUGUGGCUUUAUUCUAGAAAGACAUCCGGUUCCGAAAGCGUGACACGCCUGUGCAAAGAUAUUUCAAUUUCGCGGAAGCAUCGUUCUGGAUCAGAACCAAAUUCAAAUCUACUACCCUGCAGAUUUGCGGCAAGUGGCUGGUUGUGUACGUGGUUCUACCCCUGAUUUUGUGUUGCUGCGUCUGCUGCUGUGCGAUUGGGGUUUCUUACGUGAUCCGGCAGAACCGACAUGUCGCGGAAGAUCCCGAGCCCUAUUUCGAAGACGACCAGGGGUUUGGCCCCGAGGGCAUGUACAACAACUACGGUGCGGCAAGCAUGCCGCCGGGGCCCCAGAAAGUCGUCAUUACUUCUGCGCCGGUGGUGGUCACGAAGAACGUUUCUCCCGCAGACGUGUAA